AAGCAGAAUCUAAUAGCACGGAAAACGCGCUAAGUUUUGUUGGUUAGUUGCAUAGAGAUGACCCAGAUGUUUUCAAUUGACCAUGCUGUGAAGUCGGUUGUUGAAUUCCGCGAACGCCAAACAACUCGCAGAAUUUACAGAAGGAGGGACCUACUGCGAUUGAGAAACAGUCCACAAACUCAAGUUUUGCCACCUGAUUUUGACAUAUUCUCUAAAAUUAAAACAGAAGUAUGCAGCGAUGCCUUAUCUGGUGUCGUUAAUGUAGUGCCAAGACGACAUAAUGAAUGCUCAAAAAUAUAUCGCAAUAUUUUUAACUCCACCUUACGCAGUUCUGUGAAAAGAACCUCAAAUUUGAUCGAGUUGUACGACUCAGCAAUAGUGCGAGCCCAAAAGAAGUCAGGUGAAACCACUCUAAACAACGAAGUGGAAUCAAGGAAGGAUUCUGAUUACUCGGCAAAGUAUCAUGCAUCUGUGCGGCAGCGUAGUCGGCUACCACAAAAGCCAGAGUGGUAUGUUCACGGUCCAAGUGUUGUGGAAGAUCACGUGGGGCUUCAAGAAUAUAAUAUGUUUUCUGGAGAUGAUGAGAAAGAAAACAAAUUAAGUUAUGCUUACAUCUCACAAACAGAUUUAUCAGAUCGCAAACCUGCCGAUCAAAGUUGUAAAUUUUCUAUUAAUUCCUCACCAAAAUGUUUGUUUUCAGUCAAGGAAUUAGAAGAAUAUUUGAAGUCAUUACUGCUGCAGAAUAGUAAAAGAGAUCAUGGGAUACAGGAAGAGCGAUCACUUAAUAUAAAAACACUGCGUGAGAUAGAGUCUGAGCUGAAAAUCACACCUGCCGAAACUAAUGAGCGUUGUGAUAUGAAGGCAUUCGGCAAACUUCUUAAUCUUUUCGGUCACGUUUCAGUGCCUUAUUAUGUUACUUCACAAAAACAGAAAGAGGAAAAGACCUGUACGAACAAUCCCUGUCACUCAGAUAUUUCACAUGAUAAGAAGAAUAUUUUAAAUAUAGGUUGUGCUGACUCCAAACAGCCAGAUGUCAGUGGCAGUUGCCUUAGUAACCUAAACAUCACAACCAAUUCAGGUUCAACCAAUCAACCGUUUCCUUCAAUGAGCAGAAAAGCGAAUAUCAAAAAGACUGAUGUUGCUGCUCAUGUGAAUUGCAACCCACUAACUGCUCCAUACCAACGGCAGUUUAUUGCUUCUGGACCCUUGGGACAGAAUGUAGGUUCGAUCAACAGUUAUAUAAACGUUCUGAUCCAGGCACUACGUUGGUUUAAGGCUAUGACUAAUGCAGCAUCUGCAAAUGCUUGCAUAAAUCAACAUCUAGAGACAUUUAAAAAUCUCUGCUCAAAACGCUCUGAAACUGUUACCACCACACAUCUAAGUGAGGUUUCUCCAUCCUACUCACUGCCAUCCUAUCAAACUUCGUUUACUAAAAGCUACUGUUGUCACAAUGAACGGGCCAAUCAAUCAGUCAAUCCAUUUCCCCAUCAUUUCAGAAUAGGUCAACCUUCGUUAGGAUUCAGAUUCCCAAGCAGCUCUAUUAGGUCAAUGUUGAUGUCAAGUCAGUUGCAAAAUGCCUCCUUUCUCAGUGGCCCAACGAUUAACCCAUUUAUUCUUCAGCAGCUAAUCCAAAAGCAAAUAGAUUUUAGGAGUGCUGUGCUUCAGUUACCUUUUGACUAUUUUCGAACUCAAUUUUCAAACAUAUCUAAUGGAAAUAUUUAUAGUGCAUUUUCUCAGUCUUCAUCGACAGAUGUUUCGGAAACCAAAAACUUUUGUUUGGGCUCUACACUGAAUAAUCGGUAAAUGGAAAGUUCAACAACUAUGGAUAAUAAUAUGAGAUAAAAACAAGGAUUACUGGUUUUCAGUACUGAUAAUAUUAGAGUUUGUUUACUGGCGUAUAUUUCCAUUUUAAUUCAAAUUUCGUGUUCUGUAGAAGGUUAUUUUAUUGUUUGAUUGUGUAAAUAUGUAUUUUGGUGCU